AUGGAAAUUCCACUUGACGGUCCACUCUCUUUUUUAAUUCCUACAAACACAAACUCCCUUCAAUUGACAAAGUCUGUUCUUAUGUCAAUUCCAGAAUUUUGCCAAGUGUUUGAAGGAAAUUAUGAAAAGCUCUUUUCGACAAAAACAGGCCCCGAGUUUCUAUUAACAAUAAUACCUAUCAUGUGGAGGUUUUAUAGAAACCCAACCAUCUCAGUCGACACUAAAUUCAACGUCUUUCAAAAAAUCAGAUUCGACUUGGUUAUGAACUCCUUAAAAGAAAUGACAAGUCUUGAGCAAUUUAUUAUGCGCAUCGGGACUUGUGUUUCUGUUGGAGAAAAAAUACCGAGCCCACUCACGCGCGAUGUCUUUAACACGUUUCUUGACUGGGUGAAAACAACCGACACGGAGUCAAGUCUUAACAUCGACCAACUCACAGACCCCUUUUUCUUCCCACAGAAGUUCAACGUCCGACUUAAAUUGAUACAACUCCUCCCCACAGCAAGUCAAAAAGCACUCGAAGAAAUUUUGACUAAACUUGCCAUAAAUUUGAAUGUUCGGGUUUGGGAUAUCGAGAUCGACGUGAACACACUUGACAUUGAACAAGUCAAGGAGUUUGUCUCAAUCAUUGAAAAUCAUCGUUUGUAA